UAAGCCACAGAAUCACGGCCUCCGACCAGCAACACACUAUUGGCUCACGGGAGAGUUUUACCUGCGAGUGGGAGUGCCCACCGUCAGCUUUCCCUUCCUCUUCUUCGCCGUAUCGGGACAGUCCGGCGAACAAUCCAAGUGGGAAUUGAAUCAGCAUUCCCAGGACUCCAAUCAUGGAGCCGAUCACUUCGUGGAGUUCAGAGAGAGUGAGCGAGUGGCUCAAAGGUCUGGAGACACCCCUGCAGCAGUACCCGUUCUGUGAGUGGCGUCUGUCGGGAAUUGACCUGCUGCAGCUGACCUCUGAGGAGCUGGACACACUCGGGGUCACCAAGAUCGGACACCAGGAGCUCAUCCUAGAGGCCGUGGAGAAGCUCUGCGCACUGAUGUACGGCCUGGGAGGGGAGAGUCUGCGCAGCCUGACGGAGAAGCUGCGCGGCGUAGCGCACCACCUGCAGAUGAACAUCCAGAGCCGCUGGAGCCUGCGCUCCCACGACAGCCACAGCGCCUCCAAGCUGCCUGGCGGGGAACUGCAGGAGGUGCUGGACCUCAUCACCACAGCCAAGGGCCUCUUCUCCCUGCUCAACAGGUACCAGUUCUCUCAUCUCUGUGGAUUCACCGCCAGCAAGAACAUCAUCACGCUAUGCAGGGACCUGGGUACCACAGUGCAAAAGGACAUCACUAUCUAUGAGAAGGAGAAGGACAUCAUCUCCAUAUGUCGUCAGCUGGUGGCGGUGUGUGACGAGAUCUUGACCGGCAGUCCUGACGCGCUGCUCUCACACACGACCCGACUCGAGAGUGUGGACCUGGUGCCCACGUCCCCAGGAGACCAGCUGGGAGUAGAGAUCAUCUCCACUGGCUCCAGUAAUCAUUACGUCACAGGCUCAGUAGCAGAGUCUGCUGCUGAGUUCUGUGAGAAGAUCCUGGCUGGAGAUGAGGUGGUGCAGGUGAACGACCAGAUCGUGGUGGGCUGGAGCCGAAAGAACCUGGUGAAGAAACUCCAGGAGAACCCCAACGGAGUCACACUCGUCUUGAAGAAGGUUCCAGUCUCCAUUAAACGCAAAGAGAAGCCUCCAGAGGGUGAACCUGAGGAGGAGGAAGAGGAGGCCGAAGAGGAGGAAGAGGAGGAAGACGACGAGAAGAGACACUCCAUCUUUGAACGUGUCGCCGCUUCAGUCAGGUCGCUGUCCUUCAGGUCUGCCAUCAGUGGGCCAGAGGCCCGGCAGCUGAUGGGUCAGGAGGAGUCGGAGCUCCCUAGCGACAGCGUGGACGGCCGAGGAACCUACACUUCACACCUCAACCACAAGGGGGCAGAGGAGCUGGAGCGCUCUGGGUCCAGUCUCGGCGUGGAGCUCGAGGUGCCAGCUGAGCGGCGGUCCCCGUCCCCCUGCCCCUCCCCAGGAGCACUGGAGCAGGCCCGCAGCAGCAUCAGCUCCUGCCCCGAGAUGGGAGGACACAGGGAAGAGACCAAGAAGAGCUCUACAAAAGGUAAGACGACGGCGCUGAGUCGUCGGCGGGUGUCGUGCCGUGAGCUGGGCCGGCCCGACUGUGACGGCUGGCUCUGGAAGAAGCGCAAGGAGACCAGCAUGUUCAUGACCCAGAAGUGGCAGCGCUUCUGGUUUGUGCUCAAGGGAACCACCCUCUACUGGUACAACAGCACACAGGAGGAGAAAGCAGAAGGCCUGGUCCAGAUUGGCAGCUACAGUAUUGAAAGUGCUGGAGAACACAAGAGGAAGUAUGUGUUCAAGAUGUGCCACCAGCGCUUCCACAAUUUCUUCUUCGCCGCCGACAACGUGACGGACAUGAGCAAGUGGAUCAACAGUCUGAUCACUACUAUCCAGAAGUACAAGAAACUCCGCAAGGACCCACCAGACAGCGAAGAAGAGUGUUACAGCGAGACGGAAUCAGAGGACGAGGGCUCUGCGUCACCUCGAUCUCACAAGAAAAAGCAGUACACAAAGACUCAGUCGAACACGUUGCCGCGCACCAAGGGCAGGAAGACCAGGAUCUCCUCAGGAGGAACCGUCCCUGCCUCCGGGGGCAGCAAAGGAACAGGUGAGGAUGAAAUGGGCGUUCUUUUCCAUCAACUGAAAGAAGGCGGAGUCUCCCUGAUAGGCCACGCUCAACCGCUCACGCACGAUCACUUCCGCAAGUCUUUCAUCCGCCGCAACAAGAACCCCGUCAUCAACGAGAAGGCUCACCACCUACGCACACUACAGAGCACGCUCAAGGCGAAGGAGGCGGAGCUGCAGCUCCUCAACAGGAUCCUGGACGACUCGGAGCUGACGGUGGACAAGUUCCGAGAGUGGAAGCAGAACAACGAGGACCUCGUCCUGGAGAUCGACCGGCUCGCGGCCGAGAAGGAGAAGGAGAAGGAGAAGGAGCGGGAGCGCGCCAGGGCCGCACCGGAGGAGGCCGAGACCACGGGGGCACCGGACGAGGCAGCCGAGGGCUCAGAGCGCCAAGCUGCCGACGGCAUCGCCGUGGAAACGCAGGGUGGCGACGGCGACGGCGUUGGCGUUAGCGACGGUCCCGGAGGUGCGUUUAGCCUGCGCCUGAGCCUCGGAGAAGACCUGGUGGACGCGGAGCUGCCCGACGCGUUGGACACGACAGCGACGACCGCGGCCUCGGAGUCGGACGCGUCCCAGAUGGAGCUCUCCGUCGACCCCCUGAACCUGAGCUCAGCCAGCGCCUCCACAGACAACUACUUCUACAUCUGAGCAGAAGCUCCACAGACAACUACUUCUACAUCGGAGCAGCGCCUCAUCGGCCCUGCAAAACUGUACCGCUUCUAGAGCUGAGGACGCCAAAAAACGUCCCUGUAAAACUGAUAAAGCAUUUCUGUGACACAUCCACAUCUGAGGACGCCAGAAGCGUCCCUGUAAAACUGAUAAAGCAUCCCUGUGACACAUCCACAUCUGAGGACACCAGAAGCGUCCCUGUAAAACUGAUAAAGCAUCCCUGUGAUACGUCCACAUCUGAGGACGCCAGAAGCGUCCCUGUAAAACUGAUAAAGCAUCCCUGUGACACGUCCACAUCUGAGGACACCAGAAGCGUCCCUGUAAAACUGAUAAAGCAUCCCUGUGACACGUCCACAUCUGAGGACCUCUGGAGGCGUCUGUGUAAAGCUAAGAUGGCCUCCGUAAGGGAUGGAGGUGUGAAUCUCUGUUAAACUGUAACGCUCCUACAACUGAGAAUGUACCCACAAGGGCUAGAGCAGCAUCUGUAUAUCCACGAGGAAAAUCUUCAGACUAUCCCACGUUUUAAAAUGUCCUCAUGAGGCCUGCUUUGAUCCAAGGAUGGUGCAAAUGCCCACGAACAGAUGGGCACAACUGCCCUCAGACGACUGUCUUCUCCCAGCAGGAGCAGCAACAUGGAGUCUAAAUUGCCCUGAGUGGAUCCCAGCAUUGUCAUGUUUUAUGAGACUGAGAUGGCCGGACAUAUCCAGGCCUUCCACACAAACCUCUUGUUCUUGGUUGUAAAUGUCUCAACUAAAGAUCCUAUUGUGGCUGUGAUCAUGAGUUUAUGAGCCAGACAAAUAGGGCUCUGUCCUAUUCCCCCCCCUCUCCCUCCCCAAGAUGUUGAGAAAUUAUUUUAAGGAAAUGUUUAUAUUGUUUUAUCUCUGUGCAUCUUUAAAUGUAAUAUAACA